AUGAAAGCAACAACAACAACAAACCAUAAAAGAACGAAAUCGUCUUCUUCUUCUUCAAGGGGAGGAGGUUCUACUAAUUAUACCACUCGAUUGCCUCUUGCGGCCUUGUUGCAUCCUGUCCAUCCGAAUACCUAUGAACACAAUGUCGUGACGUGUCAUUCCAAUGUGUCGUUGAAUCAAAAGUCUUCUUUGCCAAUACCAGCUAGCAAGUCUUCCUCUCUUGAUGUACUUCAUGGUUCUUCUCUUGAUGAGGGAUCUUCAGAGCAGUCGCCUUCCCAAUCACCACAAUCAUCUCGGGUGUGGAUUGCUGAAUCCCAGCUGUCAAAUGCCACACGAAUGUCACCUUCCAACAAUAGCAGUAACAAAAUAUUUAGAUUUUAUCAAAAUAUGUGGAAUGCAAACAGAAAAUUCACACGAUCAACAGCUCAGAAUGGAAAUGGAGAUUGA